AUGCAAAGUCCAUUCUUAGUCUUUGAUAACAGUCCCAGCCCUCUGGAAGGGAAGACUACUAGUAAAUGGAGACAGAAAAUCCUUAAAUCAAAGAAAUCAACUCCUCCAAAAUCUUAUUACGAUGUUGAAACAAGUUCCUUUAAAAGAAUCAGUUAUAAUCCAAAAUCAAGUUCUCCUAUUAACAUGUCUGCUUCUCCAACUCCAACUCCAACUCCAACUCCAACUCCAGGUCAUCAUCAUCAUUAUAAUCCAUAUAAUUUCCCAUCAUCAGUAUCUUCUCAGUCAUCAUCAUCACGUACUUCUUCAUCAUUAGAUCUAGUACUGACUCCACCCCCUCGGGAACACUCUAAUCAUUGGAAUUUCAUCACUCCAAUCACUGAACCAGAUACGUUGCGAACAUCAGUAUUCGAAAGUCCAUUAUUUUUUAAAGGUAAAUCAGAUCAAAUCAUUUCUCCAACUCCGAUUCACCCUAAACAUAGCUUCGCUCCAAAAGUUAAACCUUAUAUUACUACUCAAAUGGGUGUAAAUUCUUCACCUCCAAGAAAAAGUGAUAGAUGUACGAUAUGUGAAGAAUUAAUGCAAACAAGAUUAGAAAGUGAACGUCCAUUAACUUUAACUUGUGGAGAUUUAGUUCAUGAAGAAUGUUUUCAAGUAACUUUAGAAUAUGAAAUUGAAAGAUUAUUUGAAAAACAAAUUAUUAAUGAUGAAAGUACCGUUGAUGAAGUUCAACAUAAUAUUUAUUUCCAAUAUUGUAAAGGUCAUAAUUGUCAAAAGAAACAAUCAAAACUACAAUUAAUCCCUCAGGAUAAAUCAUUAUUCAAUGAUAAAGUAUAUCAAGUAUUAUCAAUAAUGAAAGCAAAGAGUCCUAAUAAGAAAAAUAAUAAUAUUAAAGCUCUUAAUUCAACUUUAAGAGGUUCAAAAAUUCAAGCUAAAGAUUUCUUUGAUCCAAAAAUCAUUCAUAGUCCUAUCCCUAUCAAAGCUAAUGAUGCUCCAGGAAGAUAUUCUGUUUUCAAUUCGAUUGCUUCACCUUCAAGAUCACCAUCUCCAACAAUAAGUAUCUCAACCAUUAAUACUGCUUCCAUCACUAUCCCAGCUCAUAUCCAUUCUACACCUGAUCAACUUAGAAAUUACUUCAUACGAUAUUUAUUAGAUGCAUGUCCUACAUUCAGUUUAUCCAAUCUUUUAAAAUUAGGUCCAUUAAGAUUAGUGGAUAAAUUACAAGUAAGCUUUUCCACCAAUCCUCAAUUCAAUUUCGAAUCCAAGAUAGUUUACUUAUUUGAGAAUUAUAUCUUAUUAUGGGUGGAAAAUUCUACAUCAAUACUUUUCGCAACUGAUAAUCUUCAAAUUGAUACCACUCCAAGUCCAUCGAUAUUAAAAAUUAAAGUUAAGAAUAAUCAAAAUUCAGUUAUUUCAGAAUUAUCCUUGAGUUCAGAUACAAGUAGUAUCAUUGAAAAAUGGGUCAUAGCAGUAUCAGAUCUUAAAUUCACUUUCCCCUCCGAGAUAUUUUCUUCAACUAUGUCUAUGCCUCAAAAGACCCUUGAUCCGAAAAUAGUAACUACCACCACAACAUCAGCAGCAGUUUUAUCUCCUCCUGUCCAAUUAGAAUCCUUUCACAAUACUAAUGCUUUCGAUGUUGAUGCUGAUGUCGAGGAUGAAGGGUCAGACGAUGAUUCUGAUAUUGAUUCAGAUGACGAAAUAAUUAAAAAUGCAUUACACAAUACAAAUUCAUUACUUUCCAUAAAUAGUAAAAAGAUUGAUAAAUUAUUCCUGAUUCAAAAUGAUGAUGACGAUGAAAGUGAUUAUGAUGAAAGUGAUGAAGAUUCAGAUAAAGAAAAGAUCAAUGCCUAUCUUAAUAAUAGUGGUUGGAAUGAAAUCAUAGCUCAUAUAGAUAGUGCAUUAUCAAAUAAUAAACAUUAUUAA